CACCACACAGUCCUCCGUUUUUAACUUACUUUACAUCUCUGAAUCGUCAUGUCUAUCCUAUCUUUGAUCAUUUCAUCCCUGGCCACCUGCGUCCUGGCAAUUAGUAAGCCUACAUCAGGUGAUGCCGCUGCAGAUCCUAUAUUCAUAGGCACUCCAGGCUUUGGACAAAACCUAAGCACCGAGUUUCAUUAUUCGCAGGCGGUUCGCAUUGGGAACUAUGUAAAAAUCUCGGGACAGGGAGGCUGGGAUCCUCAAACCGGGGAGCUAGUCACGGACAUUGCAACUCAAGUCAACAAUGCUUUCGAUAGCCUCACUUUGGCACUAAAGGCUGCUGGCUCUAGCAAUGGGCUUGCAGACCUAAUUUCGAUUAACAGCUACCACGUGGGAGAUCUUGCUUCUGGGCUUGGAAAUGUCACAGCUGUUAUGGAAAAGAGAAUCCCCAAGGUCCUUCCUACAUGGACAGCAGUGGGUGUUACAAGACUGGCAUUUGCGGAGCAUGAUGACAACGGCCGCGCAGGAGGGUCUAUAAUUGCUCUUCUACGCGAACCAUCAGACAUUAACGUGUCAUCAACUUCUACGGCAUCGGACGAGACGUUUGCUAAAAUUGGUGACUGGAUCCGCCGAUGUGAGCAAGAUCAUACGCAAUGCACUCGUUUUCGAAGUCAAGUCCCUUGGUAUCCGACUAGGCUCUUGGAUGUUGGCCCCGAGGGCAACUCUUCAAUUUCACUUGUCCAUAGCGCUCAAGCUAUAGACAAAGACGAAAAAUACAUGACAUUAAGCCAUCGAUGGGGAGAUGCCAAAGUGCCAACACUCACCACCAAAACCAUCAUCAACUGGGCACAAGGACUUUCCGUCAAAAUCUUGCCAAAAACUUUCCAAGACUUCAUUAUGCUUGCCCAGCGCCUCCAAAUUCGCUACGUCUGGAUAGAUUCAUUGUGUAUCAUCCAGGAGGGCGACAACGGUAACGACUGGCGAACUGAGGCACUUACUAUGGAUAAGGUCUACAUGAACUCGUAUUGCAAUGUCUCUGCUGAUUGGGGAUCUCCUAAACGUGGGUUAUACUUUCAGAGAGACCUUCGGAUGGUUGAUAAGCCAAAAAUUGACUGGCGAGUCAAAAGAGAGCCAAAUCGGGAUGUGGUUGUUGCAGAAGAAUGCGUACUAGUGGAGAACGAAUUCUGGGAAGAUCAGGUGUCUAGAUCUCCGUUGAGUGUUAGGGGCUGGGUAGUGCAAGAACGCUGGUUAUGCUCAAGAAACCUCCGCUUCGGCCCCCGCGAAGUUUUCUUCGAGUGUGGUCAAACUACAUUAUCUGAAAGGUUUCCAAAAACCUUUCCGGAACCCCUUCUAGAAGGAGACGUCAUUCUCAAAUCCGCUUUUAGCAGUUUUCAGGCUCUACAGAGUCCACAAGCAACACUCCUUCCAGCUACUCCAGGGACUGAGCUUUAUACUGCAUGGGGCGAGGUUUUAUCCAAAUAUUCCAGAUGCUAUCUGACCUACGCAAGUGACCGCACUGUCGCUUUCUCUGGAAUCGCAAAAUUCUUUCGAUCAUCAGUGGACGACAACUAUAUUGCCGGGCUGUGGCUCCGGAAUUUGGCCUCUGACAUGAUGUGGUUUCGACAUCGGCUUCUCACAACCGCUGUCGUCGAAGAUACAAAAGACCGUCUGUUUUUAUUUAAAAAUGACAAAGGGGAUGUUUACCGAGCGCCAAGCUUUUCGUGGGCAUCAACUGCGGUGCCAAUUGAGCCAAAUCAUAUGAAGGACAAUGUGGGUUUCAUCAUCAGUGUGAGAUGUAUUAAAUUUCGAGACUGCUCCAAUGCGCCAAUUGAAGAUUGGACUGGCGACAUUUUUGGGCCUUUAUCGAGUCCGAUAAUUGAAAUUCUAGUUGUUGGAACACUGAAAAAGAUGCGGUUGCAGCCGUAUUUUGACGGCGAAAUGACGGAUUUCUAUGUCGUUCCGGAUAGCCCCAGCGGCAGCUCCAAGAAAAUGGAAGAUUGGUCUGAGUCUAUCUAG